AUGGCGCACCAAGCAGACGCAAAGUCCAUGCUGGAUAGUCGAGGACUAUACACCGGCGCCACCGUCCACGGCGUCAACCCCCUCCUCCUCGUCGAGAAGAUCAUCCGCGAACGCAUCUUCGAGAGCCUCUACUGGAAAGAGCAAGCCUUCGGUCUCAACGCCGCAACGCUCCUCGACCGCGCCGUAGAACUCACAUACAUCGGCGGCCAAUACUCAAACCAGAAGCCCACGCCGUUCCUCUGCCUCGCGUUCAAGCUGCUGCAGCUGCACCCGGAGCGCGAGAUCGUGCUGGCGUAUCUGCACGACGACGAGUUCAAGUACUUGCGCGCGCUCGCGGCGUUCUAUAUCCGGUUGACGUGGAACGCCGUGGAUAUCUUCAAGACGCUGGAGCCGCUGAUGACGGAUUAUCGGAAGCUGAGGGUGAGGGGGAUGGGCGGGUGGAGGCUGACGCAUAUGGAUGAGUUUAUUGAUGAUCUGUUGACGAAGGAGCGGGUGUGUGAUAUUGCGCUGCCGCAUAUUAAGACGAGGGCGAUGCUGGAGGAUGCGGAUGAGUUGGAGCCGAGGGAUAGUGCGCUGGGGAGCGAGAUUGAGAGUGAAGGGGAGGAAGAAGAUGGUGAGGAGAAGGAGGAUGGUGAGGAGAAGGAGGAUGGUGAGGAGAAGGAGGAUGAGAAGGAGGAGAAGGAGGAUGGUGGGAAGGAGAAAGAGAAAGAGGCGCCUAAUAAAGAGGAGCCUGUGGAUGAGAAGGCAGUGAAAGUGAAAACUGAGGAUGAUGAAACAAUGGAGACGGCUGAAGACUAG